AUGUAUGUAUUGGUGUUACUAAAAGAUAACAAUGACAAUACUCGACCGAACACGCGGAAUGAUACUCGAUGGGCAGCUAGACACGAAGCUUGUUCAAGUCUUUCUCAAAACUGGACAGAACUUCUUAAAGCAUUGAACGGUUUUGUUGAAAAUCCAAUAGAAAAUUCUAAGACAAAAUGUGAAUCAACUGGGUUAAUAAAAAAAAUGAAUAGAUUGGAAAUGUGUAUUCUUGUGUCAUUUUGGAAUGAUAUUUUAGAGAGGUUUAAUAGUACAAGCAAGAAAUUACAGACUAUUGAAAUUGAUCUGACAAUUGUUAUAAACCUAUACACAUCUUUAAUUAAUUAUGUAACAGAUUUAAGAAAUACUUUUUCACACUAUGAAAAACUAGCUAUGGAAAAAUCUGAAAUUAAAGAGUAUAAAGUUGUCAGGAAGAAGAAAAGAAAAAUUCCAUACGAUGAAUCAUGUCAAGGCGACACAUCAUUUGAAGCUAGAGAAUCAUUUAAAAUAAACACAUAUUUUGUCAUAACAGAUUCAUUACUUUCAGAGUUAAGGAAGCGUAAAAGCUAUUAUGAUGAUAUUAAUACUAUGUUCGGAUUUUUUUCAAACAUGAUUGAUUUACCAGUAAUUGAAGUGAGAAAGAAAGCUACCAAAUUACAGAGUCAGUAUCCUAAAGAUCUCGAUGGAUCAUUUAUAAAUGAAUGUAUUCAUUUUCAUGGAUACUUAAAAAGUUUACCAGGAAUUGUAUCACCAAAAUCUAUUUUAGAGUUGUGCAAAAUCAUCGAAGAUCACAAUAUAGCAGAUGUCUACCCAUAUGUAGAUAUUGCGUUACCUGAACGGUCAUUUAGUGUUCUGAAAAGAGUGAAAUCAUACUUGAGAUCUUCAAUGAAUGACAACCGUUUAAACAAUUUGGCAAUUUUAAAUAUAGAAUGUGAGAUAACUAAAUCAAUUAGUUAUAAUGAGGUCAUUGAAGAUUUUGCUGCCCAAAAAUCUCAUCUUAGUUCUGAGAAAAGAUUUACUGUUAUUCAACAUAUUAAAACAGCAAAACACAUUCAAGGUUUAAAUCGACUACAAUUGAAACCAACUAAAACUCAGCUACUUGCAUCCACGUCUUUCUCCAAGAAAAACGAUUUUAAUAAAGACUUAUUAUAA